AUGAAGAUUGAAGAAGUUAAGAGUACUUCGAAAACUCAAAGGAUAGCUUCUCAUAGCCAUAUUAAGGGACUUGGGCUAGAUGAAACUGGAUUAGCAAAGCCAGUAGCAGCUGGCUUAGUGGGACAGGAAAAGGCCAGAGAGGCUGCGGGCAUUAUCGUUGAGCUUAUCAAAUCGAGGAAAAUGGCAGGUCGUGCUGUAUUAUUAGCUGGCCCUCCAGGCACUGGAAAGACUGCCUUGGCCUUGGCUGUAGCACAUGAACUUGGACCUAAAGUUCCAUUUUGCCCAAUGGUUGGUAGCGAAGUAUAUUCUACUGAAGUUAAAAAAACGGAAGUUUUAAUGGAAAAUUUCAGACGUGCUAUAGGUUUACGAAUCAAAGAAACUAAAGAAGUUUACGAAGGAGAAGUGAUAGAAUUGACGCCACAUGAAACUGAAAAUCCGACAGGAGGGUAUGGUAAAACUGUAAGUCAUGUCGUGAUUGGUUUAAAAACAGCGAAAGGAACCAAGCAGUUGAAACUUGAUCCUUCCAUAUACGAAAGCUUGCUUAAAGAAAAGGUGGAGCCUGGGGAUGUCAUAUAUAUUGAGGCGAAUAGUGGUGCUGUAAAGCGGCAGGGGAGAUGUGAUGCUUUUGCUACCGAAUUUGAUUUAGAGGCGGAAGAGUACGUACCUUUACCAAAAGGAGAUGUACAUAAAAAGAAAGAAGUCAUCCAGGAUGUUACCUUACAUGAUUUAGACGUAGCUAAUGCCCGCCCACAUGGUGGUCAGGACGUGCUAUCAAUUAUGGGCCAAUUAAUGAAACCCAAAAAAACCGAAAUUACUGACAAACUAAGGAGAGAAAUCAACAAAGUUGUUAAUAAGUAUAUUGAUCAAGGAAUUGCUGAACUAGUACCAGGGGUUUUAUUUAUUGAUGAGGUUCAUAUGUUGGAUAUCGAGUGCUUUACGUACCUACAUCGGGCGUUGGAAUCGUCGUUGUCACCGAUAGUAGUUUUUGCAACGAAUAGAGGAAGAUGUUUGAUCAGAGGUACAAAAGACAUAAUUUCUCCACAUGGCAUGCCUUUGGAUCUACUUGACCGUGUAAUGAUAAUUCGAACUUUUCCGUAUCUAAAGCAGGAAAUGAUUCAGAUUUUAAAAAUCCGCUCGCAAACCGAAGAAAUCAAUUGUGAUAGUGAAUCAUUAGAAUAUCUUGGAGAAAUCGGUUCUCAGACAACAUUGAGAUAUGCCGUACAAUUACUGACCCCAUCUCACUUACUUUCUCGUAUAAACGGUCAUGAAAAUAUCCAGAGAAAUGAUGUCGAAGAAAUUAACAAACUUUUUUACGAUGCGAAAUCUUCCGCUAAAAUAUUAGCGGCGCAAAAUGAUAAAUAUAUGAAGUAA